AAAGAAUCAAAAGGACAAAGUUUUUUGUGUUGCCAAGUUUUGGAUCCUUUUAUAUGAACCUCACUUGAAAGCAAAGUUUCCACAUUUCCAAAUUCCAUGGCCACACUGCAGAGAUUCAAGUUCUUGGGGACGCAGUGCGGAGUAGCAGCACAGAGCCCGACACGAAGUCCGAGUCCAAGGACAAGUCCGUUGGUUCAGCUUCGACGAAAGAAAACAACUCUAAAGAUGCUUUUGACUCUUGCAUCGCCGAGCCGUCGAGAGCAGCAACCGUUGAUUCAUCAUCAUCACAAGGACGUAGCCGGACGCAAACUUAAAGACUUAUUCGUCUCUUCGUCUUCCGUAGAGGAAGAAGAAGAGGAGGAGAGACCGAAGGGGAAAACCAAAGAAGAAGUUCUUGCAGCCAUGGCAGCUAAAUUGAAUGCAACUGCUAGAUUACAAUGUGAGUCCACUGAUACAGCACCGGCUUGGUUCGGAUUCAGUAAGCGGCUUCUUCAGCGAUCUUGGCGACCUAAGCUGGGUACCAUUCCGGAGUAAUGUAACCAAUUUUUCUUCUCUUUCUUUAUGUGACCUUGGAAACCAUUAGUUUCCCACAUGAAUGAAUAGAUAUGUUUCUUCUUAAAUUUGGUAUCUUUAUGUUUAAAUUCCUAAUAAAGACGAGCAAAAUUU